AUGAACGAUAAUUGUAUUGAUAAAGGUGAGAUUGCUGAUAAUGAUGCUGAUAAGGCAAUAAAAUUUUGCGAUUACAAUGAUAAUGAGGACGAUGUUAUCAUCAAUCAAGUGGAUCCUCUGAUUCGACCAGAUCGGUUCGGGUCGGAUCCGGUCGGAUUAGAACUAUUCUAUCGUAACGGUACGACAGCAUCAGCAGCUAAUGACACUGAAAGUGAAGACGAUUGCCUUCAAGGAAAGAAGAGGAAGAAAGGAGCUGGUACGGAAUAUAAGGUGUUAAAAAAGACAGUGAGAGAAAUGGUGGAAGUUGGAGGUGCACUCAAGUACUACGGUGUGUGUGUAUCGCGAUGUGUGUUCAUCACCGCCAUCGCCGUGGGACGAAUGAGCCGUGCUUCGCUCCCCAAACUUGCCGUCAUCGUUCUUUUCACUUUCCAACAGCUUCAGGAGCGGUUAUAG